CUCAAUUCAGCUCAACGUUCGAGAUUAAAUAAGUUUUUUUUUUUUUGGGUAUAAAAUCAACUUCAUUCAUCCGGAGCCUAGAAAAAUCAAGAACUUCACUCCACAGUCCACACAAUUCUUCGGCUCUCCCUCGAAAGACUGUGAAUCCGAUGGCCAGUGCCAAGGCUCAGAAAAGGGUUCUGCUACUGUGCGGGGAUUACAUGGAAGAUUAUGAGGCAAUGGUUCCUUUCCAAGCUUUGCUGGCAUUUGGAGUCUCGGUGGAUGCUGUAUGCCCCGGCAAGAAAGCUGGCGAAGUCUGCCGCACCGCUGUUCAUCAGAGUUCUGGUCAUCAGACUUACUCCGAGUCCCGCGGUCACAAUUUUGCAUUAAAUGCUACAUUUGAUGAAAUUGAAUCUGCCAAAUAUGAUGGCUUAGUGAUACCCGGAGGACGGGCUCCAGAAUAUCUUGCAAUGGAUGCAAGCGUUAUAGACUUGGUCAGAGACUUUUCCAACUCCAGAAAACCAAUUGCCUCUAUCUGCCAUGGGCAAUUGAUCUUGGCAGCUGCAGGCUCGGUUGAAGGUCGGAAGUGCACUGCAUACCCUCCUGUGAAACCUGUACUCAUUGCUGCAGGUGCUCAUUGGGUAGAACCUGAAACCAUGGCAGCAUGCGUUGUUGAUGGUAAUAUCAUAACUGCGGCUACAUAUGAAGGGCAUCCCGAGUUCAUCCGACAUAUUGUGAAAGCACUGGGAGGAACCAUAACUGGCUCAGAUAGAAGGAUCCUGUUUCUUUGCGGGGAUUACAUGGAAGAUUAUGAGGUAACUGUUCCUUUUCAGUCCCUUCAAGCUUUAGAAUGCCAUGUUGAUGCAGUUUGCCCCAAAAAGAAGGCUGGUGAUACCUGCCCAACUGCUAUCCAUGAUUUUGAAGGCGACCAGACUUAUAGCGAGAAGCCAGGCCAUAAUUUCGUUCUAACUGCUAAAUUUGAAGGUCUAGAAGCCUCAAAGUAUGAUGCUCUUGUUAUCCCUGGAGGUCGAGCUCCUGAAUAUUUAGCUUUGGAUGAUUCGGUCAUUGCCUUGGUGAAGGACUUCAUGGAGACCAAGAAGCCAGUUGCAUCCAUCUGCCAUGGGCAGCAGAUUUUAGCUGCUGCAAACGUUCUGAAGGGAAGAAAAUGUACUGCAUACCCAGCCGUGAAGCUCAAUGUUGUAUUGUCAGGUGCCACAUGGUUGGAACCUGAUCCGAUAGAUCGCUGCUUCACUGAUGGAAAUUUAGUAACUGGAGCAGCAUGGCCAGGGCAUCCAGAGUUCAUUUCCCAGUUCAUGACAUUGCUUGGUGUUCGAGUAUCAUUCUAGUUGUUCUCGUUCACUGCACUAUCGGCUUGCUUUAAUGCACGGGUGUUCCAACAUAAAUAAUGAGCAUAUGUUAAGGAUGUUACCAUGCUACGGCUUGUCUCUGCGACAACAUGUAUCCAAAUAAAAAUAAGAUAUUAAGGUGAGUACUUCAGGUGUGUUUGUAUGAGAGAACAUGUAUCUUCUAGUCUUUUUCCUGGAUAUGAAACUUUGUUGCUCUUCUUUCUUGGACUUGAGGUGGAAUAAUAUAGCUGGAAGAUUUGAUAUUAUUAGGAUCAUUUUGGGUGAAACUUUGUUGCUUUGCUUUUGGACUUGGGGAUUGAAUAAUAGAGCUGGAAGCUUUUGAUAUGAUUAUCA